UGUCCGAACAUGAAAGCAUCCCCCAACUACAAACCUGCAGACACCACUUCCUCUUUUCGAAUAUUCAGUUCUGCAAAUUUUAAGAAUGAAUAGAUCUAGAGCAACACCCUUGUCACUGUUUCUUCUCUGGUUAGUCAUCCUAUCCCACCAAAUUCGACCCCUACUUUGCCAAGAAACACAGAACAAUGAAGAGAAGCCAACUAUGUUCCAGUUACUGUCAAACACCCUUCCGUUGUUGAAGAAAUCCCAUAAGAGUUAUUGGGAAAAGAUGAAAGCCAUCGUCCACGAGCUCCAGUUGCACUUUACCCCUCCAAGUCUCGAUUUUAGGGGCACAGGAAAAGGCCCAGCUGCAGCUGUUGGUGCGGGAGAGAAGGUGAAAGAAGCAGUGAAGGACAGCAUCGGAACAAGUGAAGCCAUCGCUAAAGAAACUGCGAAGUCUGCUGCAGAAGCUAUCCACAGAACCACCGAGAAGCUCAAAGGGACUGCCCCUGACUCUGGUCAACAAGAAUCUCGCGAUGAGCUGUAAACUAAAAUCCCACUA